ACAGAGUGCUAAUUGUCAUUCAAAAUGGCUGACAACGAUUUAGAAGGAGAGUCUGUGAAAAUUGUCGAAAAUUCGACUAAAAUCGCUAUUAUCGGAGCCGGAAUUGCUGGAAUUUCGUGUGCUAAAGUGCUGCAAAGAGAGGGUUUUGAAAAUUAUGUGAUUUUAGAGGCUUCCGAAAGGAUUGGAGGAAGAAUUUUAUCAGUGCCGUUAGGUAAGUAGCUACCCCCUGUUUACACUUUGUUUAUGUUUUUGUUUCUACGCGAAUAUUUUGUUAAAAGAAUACAAUUGUCAGCUUUUUUUAAAUGGAAAGUGGUUAUUUAAAAGCGAGAGCAUAUUUAUAAUUAAUUAUGGAAUUUUAAAUGAAAAGAUCAAAAUUUGAUAUCAAUUAAAUUUGUAAUAAUCUAUUUUUAUCAAGAAUGGAAGAAAUUGUCCUGCGCGAUUGUAGUUUUACUAUACCUUAUUUAUCAAAAAGCACAAUUUGAACUUUUACCUUGACCGUUCUCAUAAACAAAUAACUUUCAACAACUGCUUUUAGGCACAAGUUACGUAAUAUUUUUGGCAGUUAAAACAGUGCGUUCUCUCAAACAAUGGAUUAUUAUAUUUUCGAAUUAUUCAAUCAAUUUUUUUUGAAUCAAGUUUUUAAAUUGAAUUUAAGUAUGAUGACAACGCUACAACUGCUUGUGAUUGUCCAAAAUCUAGUUUAAAUUUUUUUUAUAUAAUAUUGUAAAAUUGAUGAACUGAAUGAUUUUCUUGAUCAUUUCAGAGACUGAAUCAAUUUUUAAAGUUUACAUGUAGUACUUGUAUCACUUUUUACUUGCUCUCUUAUUAAAAUUCAUUAAUAUUUAUCAUACAGAUGACUAUAGACUAUAACAUAUUGACAGCUGUAGUAUACUCUAUUAUUUAUAUUUUUUAGUUUCCCUUAAAAAAUUAUCUUAUUAUUCUUUUGUUUGAGUAAAAAUACACCGUAUAUGUGAGUUAGGUUAAUCUUCAGUUACAUGCACAUUUAUCUUUUCAUCGAAGAAACUAGUUUAUUUUUGUUCUGUGUCAUUAGCUACAAACAGCAAAAAAAGCUACUUGAUAUUACCCACUAGCUUACAUUAAAUUUUUGAGUCAAAGGCCAAAUUGCUCCCUUUUCACGUAUGAAUUGUUCAAAAAAAAAUAUUUCGAGAAAUAAUAGCUAUUUUGUAAUGAUGUUAGCGCAAACAAAAGUCAAUCUAUAGGAUUAUAAUUUUAUUUCUUUAGCUUCCGCACCUGGACAUUGUGCUGAGCUGGGAGCGAAUUGGGUUCAUGGGGUAGAACAAAACCCUAUUUUUAAAAUAGCUUGCGAUAAUGACUUAAUAGGAAAAUAUUCCGGGAGAAGUUUAGGAAGAAAAGUAAUGUUUGCAAGAGAAAACGGAAGUCCAGUCUCAGCGAAAGUUGUUGAAGACGUGGAUUGGAUUUAUGGUCAAUUGAUUGAACAGUGCGAUGAAUUUUUCAGACUAUCUCUGAGUGUUCCCUAUGAAGAAGACAGCGUUGCUACAUAUGUAAAAAAUGCUUUCGAAACUAAACUGAGAAGAUUGCCGAACGAGGAUGCUCGUAUAAGAAGAAUGGUGCUUAAUCAACGUUUGUUAGGAGAGGCAUUAAUUGCGGGAGCGUCAACUAUGCAUGACGUAUCAUUAUCUCAGGUUGGGAGUUUUGAGGAACUUCCAGGCGUUCAUCAUAUCAUUCCAGGAGGAUUUGAAAAAGUCGUCGAUAUACUUCGCAAAGAUAUUCCUGAAGAGAAAUUCCUCAUGAAUCAUGUUGUUUCCGGAAUAGCCUAUGACAGAGAGGGCGUUCAAGUUACCUGUAGAAAUGGAUAUACAUGUCAAGUUGACCAUGCUGUUUGUACUAUACCUCUCGGUUGUUUGAAGGAUUUACACCAGCGACUAUUUCAACCCAGUCUGCCAAUUGAAAAAAUAGAAGCUCUAAAUCGUAUAGGAUAUGGUGUUGUAAAUAAAGUUGUCCUGGAAUUUGACGAGAGAAUUCUACCAACUGGAGUAACAAGGCUUGAAUUGAUAUGGGAUCAUGAAAGACCAAUGACCCAUCUUGUACCACAAUUAUGGGCUAGGAAAAUACCAUAUUUUGAAGCAAUUACAGAUACAGUUUUAAUAGGCUGGCUCUGCGGAGAGGAAGCAGAAAUGUUAGAAGAACUGGAUGAAAACGAGAUAGGAAAUACAUGUGAAACUGUGUUAAAAGCGUUUUUGAACAGGUCUUGUUUACCAAAACGACUACGAGUAUUCUGCUCAAAAUGGAAGAAAAAUAGUUUUAGUAAAGGAGCUUAUUGUUACUUACCUCCUGGAUCUUCGGUUGAUGAUAUAAACUGUCUUUCAGAACCUCUUGGUCCACCCGACAAGCCUAGAGUAUUAUUUGCCGGAGAGGCAACUCACAAAGUUUACUAUUCUUCAUCCCAUGGUGCACUUCUUAGUGGUGAGAGGGAAGCGGAACGUUUAAUCGGCCUUUACGAACCGAUUGCUCAAUGA